GGUAACUAUAAAGCCAUGGAAAAAGUUACUGACGUCUACGUUGAAGAAUGUACAAAAUCCCGAUAUAUAAAGCCACUGCGUUUAAGGUACAAACAGAAUAGAGAAGAUAAAUGUUGGGACCUCAUAAAAGAACAUGAUGAAAUGGAUCAGACAAAAUUUGGGAUGCAAUGCAAGUUCAUAAUAGCAUUGCUGUUCUCUUGUACAACAAAUCUAAUGACUCCUUUAUCUUUGUUAAACAAUUUAGACCAGCUAUUUACUUGAAUAACUGUGAAACGGAACAGAAAAACAACAAAGUAUCAAUCGAUUCAGACAAAUUUCCAGGUUCACUUGGGAUAACUUAUGAACUCUGUGCAGGUUUGAUAGACAAAGAUGUCAGUCCAGCAGAAAUUGCCAAAAUGGAGAUCCUAGAAGAAUGUGGAUUUGAUGUCCCUUUAGAAUCAAUAGAACAUGUGACUUCCUACAGGAGUGGUGUGGGGACCACAGGAUCUAAGCAGUAUUUCUUUUAUGCUGAAGUAACCGAGGAAAUGCGAACUGGAAAGGGUGGUGGUGUAGUAGAAGAAGGAGAGAUGAUUGACGUUAUUGAAAUUCCUAAAUCAGAGGUCAUGACCUUUGUAAUGGAUGAAAGUAUUAACAAACCAGUUGGAAUGAUGUUUGCUGUUUUUUGGUUUUUCCAAAAUAAAUCAAAUAAAUAAUUUA